AGGUAGCUAAAUGUCGCCAUCUACAGAGAAGAGGGAGCUCUUGGAGGCUUGGUGGUGGGGAGGAGGAAUCUAAAGGUUUGCAGAAGUACAAAAUGCGGUGAGCCAGUGUGGUUUGGUGGUUAGGGCUCAGUCUAGGACCUUGGAAAUCAGGGUUCAAGUCCCCCUAGGACACUAAGUGGAGUAGGUUAGGCCAAAAGACAGAGACUGGCCCAACCUGACAGGGUUGCUGUGAGAAUAAAACAGAGACAUAUUCUACUCAUGUAAAAACACACUGAUUCCUGGACCAUCCGUGGGCCGGAUUUAGAAGGCGAUUGGGCCAGAUCCGGCUUCUGGGCCUUAGUUUGCCUACCCAUGCACUAGCAAAAACAUGUACAUUAGUCAGUGCUGAAUCCAAAAAAAAGGUGUGCAUUAGGAGAAAUUCACAUUAAAUUACUGGCAAAUUUUCAUGACUUUCCAAAAAAACUGCAGAGAAGUGGAGAACUCAAUUUAAGAAUGGAAAAAUGAGAAACUUAGAAAACCUGCCUGACUCCAACAGGGUCAAAGCGAAGACUGUAAAUUCACUUUGAGAAUUCUUAUGGGGUGAGACAUCAGUGUGAUCAAAGAGUGGAACUAUCUCCCUCAGGAGGCUGUGGACUCUCCUUCCUUGGAGGUUUUUAAGCAGAAGUUAGAUGGCCACCUGUCAUGGAUGCUUUAGUUGAAUUUCAGGGGGUUGGACUAGAUGAUCCUUGAGGUCCCUUCCAACUCUACGGUUCUAUGAUUCUAUGAAAUAAACACAAUAUCUAGCCUUUUUUUUUAAUAAUAAAAAAAACUGUCAUUCACAGACACCUGGAAACCACAAUCAAAUAUUUCUCCCUGCACCUGUUAUGCCCAUCAGCUCCCAAGGGAAAUUCUGUUGCUCUGAAAGGGCGUUCAGCUUACUCAUGCUGUGACUCCCACCAGCUUUGCACUUAGAAUUCUCACCAUGAGAUGGCCCUAUGGUAGAAUGGAUGGUGAGAAAAACUCUUUUCUGAAAUAGCAUGGAAGGAGCCCCUUUGUAACAGCUGCGCUUUACAUAUAGCUUUCAUUGUACCUGUGCAUCCAGGCACUGCCUAACCUCACAAAGUAAUCAGGAUGAAUCCUCAAAGAGAAAGCGACAUUGUGCAAACCAGCCAGGAGGAAGGUUUUAGAAAGUAGGUUGUCCUUUUACUGACUGAGUUAAUCAAGGAAGGAAUGGCUGCUCUGAACUUGGAAUAGGGAUGGUCUUAAGGAAAAGCGGGGAAUUCCAGGAUCAAAUCAGAAACUGGGACGGCUUCUGUAAAUCCAGGACUGUCCCUGGAAAACAGGGACACUUGGAGGGUCAGGAGGGGAAGCAAAGAAGACCAUUGGUGAGUUAAUCCCUGCUGGAGAGGCAGAGUAAACACUAUACAGUGGUACCUCGGGUUAAGUACUUACAGUGGUACCUCGGGUUAAGUACUUAAUUCGUUCCGGAGGUCCGUUCUUAACCUGAAACUGUUCUUAACCUGAAGCACCACUUUAACUAAUGGGGCCUCCUGCUGCCACUGCGCCGCCGGAGCACGAUUUCUGUUCUUAUACUGAAGCAAAGUUCUUAACCUGAAGCACUAUUUCUGGGUUAGCAGAAUCUGUAACCUGAAGCGUAUGUAACCCAAGGUAUCACUGUAAUUCAUUCCGGAGGUCUGUUCUUAACCUGAAACUGUUCUUAACCUGAAGCACCAUUUUAGCUAAAGGAGCCUCCCACUGCCACCGCCGCGCCACCGGAGCACAAUUUCUGUUCUCAUCCUGAAGCAAAGUUCUUAACCUGAGGUACUAUUUCUGGAUUAGUGGAGUCUGUAACCUGAAGCGUCUGUAACCUGAGGUACCACUGUAGAGGGAAAGCCGUUCAAUGCUGGGAUAUUAGAAUCCCCACCUUGGUGCUGCCAUCUUGCUGUAUAAAGGACACACCCCAUUACAAUUGCGGCAGAAGCAUCCUCCAUUUAUCCUCAUCUGUGAUGCAGCCACGGAAAGUAUCAAGCAGGGAUGAGCAACACUGUGUCUCCCAAGAUACUCCUGGGCUCCAACUCCCAUCAGCCACAGCUGGCGCAACCAAUGAUCAGGAGGGGUUGGGAGUUGUUCAGCAACACCUGGAGCUCCACAGUUCCCCCACCCUUGAGACAGGGGCUUUAUCUAUAUAUGCAUGCAAACACACCCACACACCCAUGCCAGGAAUCCUACAUGUUUCUUCCUUUCAAAGACUGGACCCUAGAAGGGAGCAGAAAUGCAGAUUUGCAUAAGGAAGACCUUCCUCAGGCCUCAGGAGGGUUUAAAGGAGAAGAGCAUGAGGCUCUUGGUCAGCAGAGCUGCUAGUCUGUCUUCUCCACCAUGGGACCGAACCUUCUCCUCCUCUUCUUCUCGGCUUUUUGCAACGGUGAGAAAUAGGGAUUAGGUUUGAUCAGGAGGGUUCCCUGAUUAAGCAGCUGUUGACGUUGCUUUGAGCUGCUUUCCCAUUUCUGCGAUAGCAGAACCAAUAAAAUCACGGGAAGCAUGUCCCGUAUUGACACUGGCAAGUUUCAGAGGUGAGUGAUGCAAUGGUUUGGUUUCCAUCUUAUUCUUCCCAGGUCUCAGUUCCCAGGCUGCGUUGACUCAGACAAAUGGUCCCGUCUCCGUGGCCCUCAGAGGGUCAACAACCCUGUCCUGCACUCUGCAAGGCGUGGAGUUUAUCAGCACAGUCCACCCAUCCUGGUACCUUCAGAGAGAAGGGAAGGCUCCCCAGUUACUAAUCUACAACUCCAGAGAAAGAGCCACAGGUAUCCCUGAGCGUUUUUCUGGAGAGACAUAUGGCAACACUGCAAAGCUAACUGUCUCCAGCAUUGAGGAGGGCGACGAAGGGGAUUAUUAUUGUGCAGUGUGGCAUGAAAACACGUUGCACCGUGAUGCAGUCAUAUGUAGAACUGGAACAACAACUCUCUGGGCCCGAAAGAGAGGUGCAGGAACAAGAGGAGUGGAGAGGACCUAAAAUUGUUGCACGUUUAAUGCACUGAAGUAGAGAUUUUUUGACUACAGAAGGAUACUCUUUCAACUCCAGCUGUUAGCAUCUACCUCAGUGUCUCCCAUCGUUGGGUCUCCAGCUGUUUUUGGACUGCAACUCCCAUCAUCCUUAGUUGGCAAGACCAGUGGUCAGGGAUGAUGGGAAUUGAGUGGCGAGUUCCUGUCCCCCCCCCCCAGGGGAAAUAAAGAAACACGACACAAUUAUUAAGGUUAAUGGGCUAAAUAAGGCCACAACUUUAUUGAUUACAGGGGAUGAGCGGUAUUGGCUUAGGCAUUGGUCCUAACCGACUAUAUCCGGCUUCAGCCCGUCCGCUUGAAGUCCGGGAAGGGUUAACCAACAGGAGGGGGAGUCCUGCUGAUGCACAUCAACUAGGAACUCCCCCGGGGUCACCGCUCAGGGGCGUACAUGUGUAUGCUUAUGAAUCUGAAUUCACGAGACAAUAUGGCAGUCAAAUAAAGAGAGAAAACAUGAUUACUAAAUCCUGACAAACUUCUUAACUUGUCCCAGUUGGUAGAAGAGAGAUUUACAUGCAAUGGGCCACCACCGAGGAGGCCUUGCAAAUCUGGUACCCUCUGGACUACAGCUCUGCAGCUCUGCAGAUGCCUGAUUAUUGUCUUCCAAAGCAACUACUCUAUUCCAAACUUAAAAAUGGAAAGCGUAAUGCUGGUGGUCAGCAAAAGAUGUUUAAGGACUUUCUCAAGGCAAAUCUAAAAAAAU